AUGACUAAAGGUAUUCAAAUUGCUAUUGACAGAGGAGGAACUUUCACUGAUGUUCACGCCGUAAUUCCUGGUGGUCUGGACAUUGUGUUGAAGUUAUUGUCAGAAGACCCUGAGAACUACAAUGAUGCACCAACAGAAGGAAUCAGACGUAUCCUUGAGGAAGUGCAUGGCAGGAAGAUCCCAAAAUCCCAAUUGUUGAGCCUUGAGUCGAUCGAGUCCAUCAAGAUGGGUACCACUGUGGCAACUAAUGCAUUGUUGGAAAGAGCAGGGGCCAAGGUGGUGUUGUUGACCUCCAAAGACUUUAGAGAUGUGUUGGCCAUUGGAAAUCAAACGCGUCCUGACAUUUUCAACAUUUCAGCGAAAAAAUUAAGUCAAUUGUAUGACAAGGUGGUUGAGAUUGGGGAGCGUAUUACAUUGCCUAACUAUACCGAAGGUGGGGGAGCAGAAAAGGUGAUAACCCUUGCAGACAAUGAGGUUUACGGUGGAAAAUUGGUUGAAGGUAUCACAGGUGAUACAGUUCAGAUCAUUGAAGAGCCAGACUUGAAGGAAGUCACCGGGCAAUUGCUCCGACUUCAAAAGGAAGGGUACUCCAGUUUGGCCAUCUGCUUUUUGCAUUCGUAUCUCUAUCCCAAGCACGAGCAGCAGGUUGCAGAGCUUGCACGUAGUAUGGGAUUCCAGGUUUCAGUUCUGACUGAGUUGCAACCGGUUAUUGGUAUCGUCACAAGAUGCUCGUCGACGGUGGCUGAUGCAUACUUACUUCCUAAAAUUCAAGAGUACUUGAAAGGUUUUGCACAUGGUUUUGAGGGUGGACUUGAAUCGUUUGGAAAUAAAUUGAUGUUUAUGCAAUCUAGUGGAGGGUUGUGUCCUUGGAACAAAUUCACUGGGUUACGUGCUAUUUUGUCCGGUCCAGCAGGUGGAGUGGUUGGCUUGGCAGAAACCUGCCACGACACUAGAGACACAGAAAAAGCUACAUUGGGCUUAGACAUGGGGGGCACUUCUACUGACGUUUGUCGUUACAGCGGCCGCUACGAACACGUCUUCUCCAACAUAGUUAGUGAAGUCCAUUUGACGACUCCCCAGUUGGACAUCUCAACAGUGGCAGCCGGGGGAGGCUCUAUGCUCUUCUGGGAGAACGGAAUGUUUAAGGUUGGUCCUCAAUCAGCCGGAGCUAAUCCUGGUCCUGCUUGCUACAGGAAAGGGGGACCUUUGACGAUUACCGAUGCCAAUGUAUUCACUGGAAGAUUACUACCAGAGUAUUUCCCGAGCAUUUUCGGACCUAACCAAAAUGAAGGCUUGGAUGUAGAGGCUCCAAAGACAUUGUUUGAGUCAUUGACCAAAAAAAUUAAUGCCGACACUGGUGGCAAUUUGAGUGCACAGGAAGUUGCUCUUGGUUUUCUAAAGGUUGCGUACGAGAGUAUGUGUCGGCCUGUUCGGACUUUAACCGAGGGAAGAGGUUACGCGACAAGUGAUCACAAUUUAUGUGUCUUUGGAGGCGCUGGUGGUCAAGUGUGUUGUAAUGUGGCGCAGAUUUUAAAUGUUAAGAACGUUGUGAUUCACAAAUACUCAUCUAUUUUGUCUGCUUACGGUAUUGCGUUAGCAGAUGUCACAAUCGAAAAGCAAGAGCCAGUAUCAUUUGAAUUUGUUGACUUGAAUGUCCCAGACGUGGUCGAGAAAGUUGCAAGUAUCACGGCCAAGGUGAUGGACGAUUAUGAAAGUCAGAGGGUCUCCAAUUCAGCUAGGACAUCAACAGAGGUUUACCUAAACAUGAAAUAUUUGGGUACAGAUACGUGUCUCAUGAUCUUGAAGCCGGAGAAUUCUUGGGAUUUUAAAUCAAAGUUCAUUGAGCACCACCACCAUGAUUUUGGCUUCAGUUUGGACAGACCAGUGAUGGUGGAGGAUGUUCGGGUGAGAUUGAUAGUUCACAGCAAUUACAAGAGUGAUGUCAACCCUUUUGAAGAAAAGGAUCGAAUUGGAGAUAAUUUCCUUGCUGAACCGGAACCUUUGAAGUCCACUCCAAUAUUUUUCGAGAACGUUGGUUUUCGGGACGCCAAGGUGUUUAGUUUGAAGAACUUACUUACUCGUACGGUCAUUUCUGGUCCCGCAAUUAUCAUUGAUAAUACUCAAACUAUCUUGGUGGAGCCUGAUUGUACAGCUCACAUCCUUUCUGAAUCGGUCAUUGUCUCAGUUGGUAGAGCUGUGGCUCCUCAACUUUCAGAGAAGACAGUUGACCCUAUUCAGUUGUCUGUCUUUGGCCACAGAUUCAUGUCGAUUGCUGAGCAGAUGGGGAAAACUUUGCAGAUGACUGCAAUCUCCACUAACAUCAAGGAAAGGCUCGACUACUCGUGUGCGUUGUUCACCCCCGAAGGCAAGCUAUUGGCUAAUGCUCCACACAUUCCUGGACACUUGGGAUCGAUGUUCCUAGCUGUUGAAAAGCAAAGCCAAAAGUGGAAGGGGAAGAUGAAGCCUGGCGAUGUUCUCUUCGCCAACCACCCCUCGACAGGUGGUACCCAUUUGCCUGAUAUCACAGUUUUAACUCCAGUGCUUGAUGAAGACAAUAAUGUUCUCUUCUGGACCGCUUGUCGUGGACACCACGCAGAUAUAGGAGGGAUUUCCGCAGGUUCCAUGCCUGCCGAUUCAAAAGAGAUUUGGCAAGAAGGUGCAGCUAUCGAAAGUGAAUUCCUUUACAAGGAAGGAGUCUUCCAGCACGAAAAAGUUGUUGAGUUGUUGUACACGGUCCCAAGUCAGUAUCCAGGCUGUGAAGGAUCCCGUGCGCUUGAGGAUAACAUCAGUGACUUGAAGGCACAUGCCUCCGCAAACUACAAAGGUAUUCUGUUAUUGAAGAGUUUGAUUGAGGCAUAUGGUUACGAGGUUGUUAAGCUUUACAUGGACGCCACUCAGAAUGCUGCUGAAGUUGCGGUUCGCAAAUUGUUGCAAGUUGCAUAUGACAGGUUUGGUGGAGAGCCACUCAAGGCGGAAGAAUUUUUGGACGAUGGAACAGCUAUUUCCGUGACUGUCACUAUCAAUCGUGCGGAUGGAAGUGCGGUAUUUGAUUUCACUGAAAGUGGAGACGAGUUCUACAGUAACUUGAAUUGUCCAAUUGCCGUUUUGUACGGCAGUAUUCUUUAUGUCUUACGGUGCCUCAUAAAUAUUGACAUACCCUUGAACAGUGGAUGCAUGGUUCCGUUGGAUAUCAAGGUUAGAGAGGGUUCCUUGUUCGAGCCUUCAUUUGAAGCUGCUACUGUGGGUUCAAAUGUUGAGACUGCUCAGAGAAUUUCAGACGUGCUAUUCAAAGCAUUUGAAGCUUGUGCUGCGUCCCAAGGUACUUGCAAUAAUUUCACAUUCGGCUCAUCCGAUCCGAAAUAUGGACUCUUUGGCUACUACGAGACGAUUGCUGGCGGCGGCGGUGCUGGUGAGAACUUUGACGGUCAGUCCGGUGUUCAAGUCCACACCACCAACACAAGAAUGACGGACUCUGAAUCUUUUGAAAAGAAGUUUCCCUGUAUUUUGAGGAAGUACGAGAUUAAUCUAGGUACCGGAGGCGCUGGCCUUCAUCGUGGUGGUGAUGGCGUUGUUCGAGAAAUUGAAUUUACCGUUCCCAUGCAAGCCACGUGCUUGAUGCAGCGUCGUGUCUUUGCUCCCUAUGGUAUGAAUGGAGGAAGCCCUGGUCGGAGGGGUUACAAUUUCUGGUUGAAGAGAGAUGAUGAUCGCACAAGAAAGAUUGCCUUGGGCGGCCAAAAUUCAGUUUGGGUGAGACCGGGAGAUAGAAUCCGUAUUGAGACACCAUCAGGGGGAGGAUGGGGUAAACCAGAUUGUGAAUCUGACUCAAACGAAUUUCCUAAGGUCAAGUACCCUGCAAUUGAAGCUCCGUUCAGUCAGCCUAGCAUUCUCACUGGAGCAGUGGGUAUCAGAACCGCAAUUGAGACUACCAACUAG